UCAUGGUUGAGUCGGAUGUGCUCCCGGCUGGCUAAAUUUCACUUUGGCUCUGGAAGUCUGAAGUUGUGUUGUAGAUUGUGAUGCUGCUUGAGAUGAGAUGAAGUUUGUGCUGAGCAGGCCACAGAUUUAUAGUAGAAGGAAGAAAGGACUCAGGGCGGUGCAUAUUCGUGUGGGUAGUGUGUAGCUAUCAGCAAGAGCGUUGGGAAGGGGACAAUGCCAUGCGUGCUCUGUGUGCAAUGUUGUUGGAAUUAGCUGCAGACACCAACAACGUGAUGAUGAUUUUGAUGAGAGUUCCAAGCACCAUCCAUGUCUGAAAUGCGCUUCUGGUUAGAGAACCACAUGGGGUCCUCGUGCUUGUGCCAUUCCCUAGCAAACCGAUCACCACGGCUCUGCAGGCGAGAUGUCCAGCGCAAGCUCCGGCAUGUGCCAAACACUUGGCCCCAGCAGACCUGAUCCAGAUCACACCACGGCACCUCCAAAACCGCAGCACUGCACGUACCCUACCCAUUGCAUACCAUCACAGUCCAUCGUGUGGGCGCCAACUUUACCCUUGAGCUAUAAAUCCAUGGCUAAAUGCCCUCCUAACACCACCACUUCAUCCAAAGACAAAAGGCAUUCCAGCCUCCAACUAGCAGAAGAAUUUCUCCAGUUUCCAGAAACACAAGAAACUACCAUGAUGAGUGCCAAGAACCUCGCUCAGCUGGCCAAGAAGUGGCAGAGGGUGGUGGCUAUGGGGAGGAAGAGGCUCACCUCAUCAACAUCAGGGGGGGAAACCGGAGGGCCAUGUGGCACGUCGUGCUCACCUGUGGCUGGCAAGGGCCACUUCGUCGUGUACACUACCGACGGUGCGAGGUUCGAGGUACCGCUUGUGUUCCUCGGCACGACCGUCUUCGACGAGCUCUUGAGGAUGUCCCCAGAGGAGUUCGGCUUCACAGGCGUUGACGGUGACAGAAUCACGCUGCCCUGUGACGCAUCAAUGAUGGAGUAUGCCCUGUGUUUGCUCAGGAGAAGUGCGUCCUCAGAUAUGGAGGCCGCGUUCCUCAACACCAUGGCAAUGCCAUGCCACUAUCAUGCAGAGCCACAUCUCGGAGUUAGCCAGCAUAAUGGUGUUUGCAGCUCCUGAUUACCAUCUGCAGAGAUAUAGGAAAAUAGAUUAAGGAAAACACUUUUUGUGUAAGCAUUUUGAUCUUGCUGGCAAAGAAGCAAUCAAGGAAGAUGGACCGUAGUUAGAGACAAUGUUCUUUCAAUGUAUGCAUAUACUUUGUUCCAAAGAUAAAUGACCGAUCACAGUUUUUUAGGGCCUAAGCAGUAAGCAUCGACAAAUUCCUUUCCAAUUGUAUCCUCAGACCCAAAAUAUUAUGAAGAAAGUUGUUCAACCGACAACCCAUGAUAGAAUAUUUGCAGCUGGAGAUGGGAUGUGACCUUUUGGACAAAGGCUACUGCAAGUUGUUCAACUGAUGAUAAAAUCACCAAAUGUUCAAAAAUCGGGUAUAUCCUGCAGAAUAAGCUCAUCAAGAUUUGUGCUUGGCAAAACAAAAUUGCAUGCUAUGUUUGUGUCAUGGAAGUCAAAGUAAAUCAUCAGGCAAGGCCAGGUUCAUUGUCUAAAAUAGACUAACAAAUAAGCCUUGCAUUGUGACUUACAUUACAUCACUUCCUCAAAAGAUAUACCAAAGCGAAACAAUCACAAGUCACUGGAUAGAUUCAAGGAUGUGUGGCCUGGAAACCCUCAAAUGCCCAGCUAAAUGCAAGAUACCGGAAAAUGGCUGACACAUGCUAUGCUAGAAACCAUGCAGACCAUGGGUGGACAAUGAGAUAUGGAACUUCCCAGCAACCUGCCAGAUCUGAAGCAAUCAAAUCACUGUUAAACCAGCAAACAUCUAACAUGCAGCUGCAACUGUAAGUGCAAAGUAGACACCCGAAAGCAGUGAAGUGAACUCCGCAUCUGCCUGUGAAAGGCUCCCGGACCAUCAUGUGCUGUGUCCCUUAUGACGCUAGCUCUGUACCUCACCUAAUUGCAAUCACGCAGUUGAAGCAAAGGCACAGAUAUAGGUCAUCAGAACAUUAAAGUGAUUGUUUUUGAAUCAGCAUAUCUUCCAAUAUCUUGAUAUAGAGUGCUGAACAAAAAGGAGCACGUCCCUAAAUACUGGACCCCGGAUGGUUGCAAAAUGCAUCUACCGAGUUAAGCAUCAAGGACUGUACUACUGUAGUAUGCAUCUGAGUGCCUAGCAAGUAGUCCACUACCUUUGCCUAUACAGAAAGCCAUGGCCAAGCAAAAUCUGAUCUGAAUCUGGCUGCUGCCCCUUACAGCCACCAUUGCAUGCACCAAGCUCAUGGCCUUG